AUGACUGAGGUCGAUUCAGGGAUAAAGGGGCUGACUGUAUAUGAGGUGAUGAAUGUAUAUUUGCCUAAGGAGAAGAGUGAGUUGAAAGCAUAUAUUGAUGAGUUAAAAGUUUUGUUGGAUAGUUAUGGGGUAACCAGAAUUUGUGAUGGUUGGACAGGGCCCAAGAGAAAGUUCGUUAUCAAUUUUAUAGUUUAUUAUGAUGGUAGAACCAUUUUUGUAAAGUCUAUUGAUGCAUCUAAGGAAAGAAAUGAUGCAAAAUAUAUUUACAAGCUUUUGAAGGAGGUUGUGAAAGAAGUCGGGAUAAAGAAUGUUGUUCAGAUUGUGACUAAUAGUGGAAGUAACUACAAGAAGGCCAGACUAAAAAUGCUGAACAACCCCAGAUUCCAACUCUUUUGGACUCCUUGUGUAGCACACUGCAUUGACCUAAUGUUGAAGGACAUGGGGAAACUGAAAAUUGUGAAGAUUGUUGUUGAAAGGGCUAGGCAAGUGAGCAUAUUUGUCUAUAAUCAUGGGUUCUCAUUGAAUCUAUUAAGGGAGAAGUGCAGGGGUGACUUGGUCAAGCCCAAUCUCACAAGAUUUGCUACCAAUUAUAUUACACUCCAGAGUUUUGAAUCCAAGAAAGUUGGUCUUCGAUCCAUGUUCACAUCUGAGGAGUGGUUUGGUUGGAGGGAAGCAGAAUCACUUGGUGGUAGGGAGGCAUAG